AUGUCACUUCUCAGCGCCAUUAUUCCGACCACAUUUUUCUUCCUUCAGCGAGCUUCAUCUCGUGUAUGCAUAAUCCCUAAUGGUAACAAUUUCAGCUCAUUAUUGGGGCGAUCGAUGGACCGUCUACGGCGAUCCAUUCGACAGUCAUUUCGUAGAGGAGGACGGCGUAGCCCCGAAAGUAGCACGCCUUCAGAACUUGUCACAACAUCAAAUGGCGCAGGUGGUCACAAACAGGAGCAGUGGCAACCUGAUGAAGCUGCUGUACGAGCUGGGUUAUGUCACUUCACUGUCAAGUAUUUGGGAGCAGUGGAGGUUUACGAAUCUCGUGGUAUGCAAGUUUGUGAAGGAGCACUGAAAAUGCUCAGGAGUAAUAGAAGGCGCCCUAUAAAAGCUGUUCUAUAUGUAUCUGGAGACGGGUUACGCGUCGUUGAUCAAGAAAAUAACAGGGGAUUAAUUGUGGACCAAACAAUAGAAAAGGUUUCUUUUUGCGCACCAGAUCGUAACAACGAUAAAGGCUUUGCUUACAUAUGCAGGGAUGGGACAUCAAGGAGAUGGAUGUGUCACGGUUUUCAUGCGACAAAAGAAUCGGGUGAGCGUCUUUCUCAUGCUGUUGGCUGUGCAUUCUCUAUCUGUCUCGAAAGAAAGAAAAAACGCGAUGAAGAAAAUGUCCAAAAUCUUGAGAAAGCACUGAAUCCAAACUGGGAGGAUAAAAGUGAUGCAACGGCUACUCUUCAGCGAACGAAUCAGGCUUAUCAGUCAUUCCGGAAACAAAUACCUAUAAGCGAACGAUUGCAGGAUCCACAGUCAGCAAUUGUAAAUAAUGCCCCGCUUGCUUCCGCCCAUCAUCCAUCGUCUAGUAUAGCAAAGCCUCGACCAUCACCAAAUCCGGCAUUGUUCCAAAGACAGGGCUCGCUUCGUGCGCCUGAAUCGUCAUCGGCAGCACAGUUCCGACGAAAUUACUCUUUGCGAACGAAUGCUCUCAGUCUUGAUGGCCAUUCAGCGACGUAUGGCAAACAGUCGCUACAUAAUGAACCAAUUUAUGAAGGUGAGGAAGAGAAUAGUGCCCCGCAGACUGCUCAUUUCGCUCCUGCGACCACAUUCGCUGAAGAAAGUGGAAGCUUGUCAGCAGCUCCCGUCUAUCCAGUUGCAUCAGCGGCCGCCCCAUCAACCGACGUAUUUGAUUUGAUUGGACUAGGUGUGAAUCCGUCGACAACUUCACCCACCAAAAUGGCUCAGCGAGGUGUAGAGCAGGAUUUUGCUGCUAACCGACAAUGGGCAACUUCUUCCUCUGUGGCACCUACCAGUGCCAUACCACCCUCUGUUUCUCUAACGAAUGGAUUCAAUGAUCCGAGUGUAUUGUCGCAAAUAAACAUCAACACUAGUUGGAACCCGAUAACUUCGACAUCUCAGUCAUCUUCUCGAUCUAAAGCUGACGAAUGGCUAGAAGAUGCAUUUCGGACAUCGCUAACUAUCAACUCUCCCUCCCCGAUGUCACCUGUUAUGGAUGAGCCGAUGGCUUCUACAAAUGGGGUUCAUAAUUGGCAGGGUGAGUGCUUUGUUAGCGCUUUGUUGCUGUCUGUGAGCUGCUGUUUACAUUCUAUGGAAGUUUUUGAGAAGAAUCAGCUUGUCCUUUCAGCACAGCCUGAAGCAUCAAACUAUUCUCUAUUUGACACUACAAUCGCUAGUGGUCCACCUCCGGCUCAUCCUCCUCCACCUCUCCCAACAAAGGAAGUUGUUGUUCGUGGACCCCUGCCUGUUGGUCCUGGACCAGCAUUGGAUGUGUUCGGGCAGUCGAUUCAGUGGGAUCCUGUACCAGUAGCACCGAUUCCACGUGCUGAGGAUCCGUUCGAUCUUCAGUGGAGUCGAUUAGCAGUUGGUUCUGCGAUGGCUUCGAACCCAUUCGUCACUGAGGUUCAACGAGAGCUUCGAAUUUAA